UAAUCUUGCAAUAAGUUAAUUAAAAACAAGUCUUCGUGACGACGACAUGUCUGAAAUUUUUCUCUUUAACAUAUUUGUCUCUCAUAUUCGUCUUCAUUCAAAUAUUGUCAAUGAUGCCGGAGAGACAAUAUUUUUAGUUAAAAUAUAUUUUAAAAAUUUACCGACAAUUAUAAUUAGAGAUAAUUGUUUGCGAGGGAAAAUUUUGCCCGUUGACAAUUUUUAUGAAUUUAUUUUCAAUGCAGGAGAAUUUCAAUAUUUUGCCAAAAAAAUCAAUGAAUUAAUUACAAUUUUAAAGGAAUAUCCAUUGAAAAUUGGUAUUUACAGAGAGGGCGAUUCUUUUCCAUUGUGUCAAGUUGAAAUUCCAUUUUUUGGCUGUGCUUGCAGUUUGAUAUCGAGUGAUUCAAAAAAAAAUCUUUCAAAAAACUUUACAAUCGAUGGUGAAUUUAAUCUUUUGGAUCCUGGCGAAAAUCCUUCAGGAAAAAUCUCUAUAAAAGCAACUCUUGUUAAUUGUGGCAGAUCCGUUAGUUCAUAUUAUCGACCACAAGCACAGUCGUUUAUAAUUAAAAAAUAUCAUCUAGGAACUGAAUACGAAUUUUUUCAAGUAUCUAACAAUAAUUCAAAAAUUAUUUCACAAAAAUUAUCAGAAAUCAAUUUAUCAUCAAACUAUCAACAAUUUUAUGAUAAUUUUAUUAAAAAUUUAAUUAUCAUUUCACCAAGUUCUCGAUAUUUAUCAAAAGAGGAAAAAUCCACAAAAACAGCUCACAUUUCCAAUGAUAGAGGAAAAAAGAAAAAAUCUACUAAAAAGAAGCAGAAAAAAAAUAAGUGAUAAAAUAAUUUAUAUGAAUAUUUUUUUAAAAUUAUGUAAAUAAAUAAUUUCCCGCUGAUCAAUAUAGUAAGAAUAUUUCUUA